UGCACGCACCCGAUUAACAUCUUCGGGCAAAACCCGGACGACGAAGAACGACGACCUUGCUGAAAUGGUGUUCCCUCCUCGCCGCUCCUUAACUCUCGCACGACGCACUAAUCAAGCGAUCUGCACCUAUCGACGAUCGUCUUUUGCUAGCAUUCGCAGAUGCGUUGCUGCCGCUUGAUCGUGAACAGUGAAUCCGCUUUGUUUUUAUUUCUUAAGUUGGAGGAUAACCGUGUACGAGCGUAGAAAAUGCGUGUGAUAGCUGUGCUUAUUAUUGCUGGAAUUGUGGUGUGUGCUCCUUUAGCUGCGAGUGCUCCAAUCGAAGCGGAAAACAGCGAUUUGCUCAGCUAUGAGAAUGUGCAGACCGAGAAUGGAUAUCGGUUCUCCUACGAAACUAAGGAUGGACAAGCACGCGAAGAGGUCGGUUUAAUCGAUCCCAGCACGGGGGCAUUAACUGUCACCGGAUGGUACAGCUACCGCACACCAGAUGGCGCCGAGUAUCGGGUUGAUUACGUUGCGGACGAAAAUGGCUAUCGAGUUACGAAGCAACCGGGUGCCGUAGUUUCCCAAUUCAUGCCGGCUGUUGUCGGUGCAGCUCCUAUUAAUAAUGCGCUGCUGCUUUCGCUCGUUGGAUAAGGCUAGAUGUGGAGGCUCGAUGUAGAAUUAUUGGUUUUGUUGUCUCACAAGAUCAAGGCUACAGUUAUACAUUAGUUUGAGGCUAGUAGCAUAAUUUCUAUGACGUAUAUUAAAACUUACUCUUAUUAAUAAAUUGGUGAAAAGAAUAAAAUUUAGAAAACAAAAGGGAAUCGAAAAA